UCCCCCAAGAAACCGCUCAGACGAUCAGUUUUAGUUUUAAUACUUCCUACUGCUUUUUCUUUCUGAUUGUUUUUCGGAAGUGGAAAGGAGGCAGGCCAAGCCAAUCCAAUAAAUUCGAUGCCGUGACUCGGAUACGGGUUACCUUGGCACGGGAUCCAAGCUCAGGGGAGGCGCCCCCAGCCUCGGAUGGCCCCCGGGUGGACGACACCCCGAUGAGCCCUGUACCCUAAAUCAGGCAAGCAGGCAAAAGAACACUGCAGUACGCCAUAAUUCUUGUGCACAAAGAUCCGUACGAAGGCUCAGGACUGAAAUAAGUGUGGCACCGCGGUUCGAACGGUUGAACGAGGAUGGACGCGUGCUAGUAGAAUAAAGGGACCCGUCCAAGAAUCUCACUGGGAGACUGUUAGAAACCCCGACAAUCUGAAGAUCACGUUCCAGAGAAAAACCGAUAGGUGAAACUAUCUUCUGUGCUGAUUUUUGCAUUUGUUUUUGUGCCGACUUCUGUAUUUGUUAUCCUUUUGUUUGUAAAGAAAAGUGGAGGGUUCAUUGCUCCUACGGGUAUCUUCCUAGAGGUACUGCGUGUGGGGGUGGCAACCGGGAAAAUCAUAAAGGAAUCCAGAGAGUGGUAUUAUAAGCCCUGAGAAGUAUCGCUUCUGUGUAAGCAAGCUCUGCCCAACAAAGGCAGAAAAUCCUUCAAGUGGUCUGUAGAAGGACAGUGGCCAGGAUAAGGUGUGGAGCUAGGGGAGUGAAGCCUCUUAAUUAAGGUAGGCUAAAGAUGAAGGAGGUUCCCCUGAAGAAUACGGCUGCUGCCGAGAUGGUACACGCCGUUGCUCCAAGCAAAAGAGUAGGUGGAGGAGGCAGAGACAUAAUGCUGAGGGGAUCGAGGUUGGUGAACCACCUCCGAAAUCAGCCCACGAGGCCCCUUGGAAUGCCAGUUCCAAGCCAAGUUACCCCCGUACCUCCCCAACGCCUCCUACCUUCUACAGGAAGCAACAAGGGUAAAAGACAAAGUGCCCACCAAGAACUCUGGGAUAGCCGUAGUAAAGGUAGGACCCCUCCAUUUUUCUCGGGCUUAACUUGGUUUGUAUGGGUAAUGGGAUUCUUGAUAAUCUGGCUGGAUGUAACAAAGGGAGAAGAGAGCCCCCACCAGCUCUAUAAGUGGAGUUUAAUUAGGUGGGAUGACCAAACUAUCAUUAAGCAAGUGACUACGGCAGGUGCACCAAGUUUCCUCACAUCUCUUUGUCAACUAGCACCCAUAAGUCCAUGUCUGAACCAAAAGGGUUUUUACUUCUGCCCCAGCUCAAACCCAGGAAGGGGAUAUUGCGACUAUCCCAACUCCUACUAUUGUGCUUAUUGGGGUUGUGAAACAAUUGCUUCGGAUUGGAGUCCAGGAGCAGGGCAGGAUCAGUUCCUAACUGUAGGAUACGGACCCUACGGGUGUACACCUCCAAGCCGAGACUGGAGCGGAGGGAUUCGGAUGCCCUAUGGAAAUUGCGAACAACUCUAUGUAAAUGUAACGAAUCCAACCGACCCUGCCUGGCUCACAGGGCAAACGUGGGGUGUGAGAUACUGGGAACCUGGGGCUGAUAGAGGAGGUUUAAUAUUUAUAAAAAAGGAAAAAGUAAAGAAUCUCCCUCAGGGAGUUGGUCCUAAUAAAGUCCUGGAAGGACCCGAGAUAAAGAUACCACCUCUCCCGGUUGCGACAAGCACAGUAACCCCAGUUAUGGAUAAUACCAUACCACCUCCUACAGGUGUAGCUGAGGAAAACCCUCCCUGGAAAGUAAUGCAAGCUACUCAUGAUACCCUGAAUGAAACUAGUGAGCACUGACGACGCCUCACCCUCCCAGUACUCUUGGGGAGAGAGGAAAACCGGGAUAACCAUGCAACACCUCUCUGGGACAGGAGUUUGCAAAGUACCAAAAUCUAAGCAAAUGCUUUGUAGCUCCCUCCAACUCACUAUCAAUGAAACUAACGAAAAGUGGGUCAUUCCUCAGGAGGGAGCUCGAUGGAUAUGUUCUAAAACAGGGCUUAACCCGUGUGUAUCCCCUGAAGUGUUUAAUGCCUCUUGAGAAUACUGCAUGCCAGUCACUAGUUAUUCUGCGGAUAUUAUACCAUCCAGAAGGGGUGGUUUAUGAUUAUUGGGACACUGAAACACAUCACAUCAUAAAAAGGGAACCUGUAACAGUGGUUACAAUAACCACGUUAUUGGGCAUUAGGGCGGUGGGGGCAGGAACUGGAAUAACUUCUCCCAUCCAACAGCAACAAGGGUUUAGUUCCCUAAGAGGAGCAGUAGACAAGGACUUGGAACGAACAGAGAAGUCGAUAACAGCAUUGGAAAAGUCUCUAACUUCAUUAUCGGAGGUAGUGUUACAGAACAGGAGGGGGAUGGAUAUCCUUUUCCUACAGCAAGGGGGAUUCUGCAGCAUUCAGGAAGGGCUAGGAAAGCAUAGAAGAGAAAGAGAAGCUCAACAAGGAUGGUAUGAGUCUUGGUUUAGGAGUUCUCCCUGCUUAACUACCUUGCUAUCGCGAAUAGCUGGGCCGUUGGUACUGUUAAUGCUUAUUUUGACCUUUGGACCCUGUAUACUGAAUAAGGUCAUUGGAUUAGUAAAGAAUAGAUUGGAGGCAGCACACCUACUGUUGAUAAGAAAACAAUAUGAACACCUAGAGGAUGACAAGGUUGUUAAUAGAGAAACUCCCAUCCUCUCCCUGGCCCGAGAAACCAUUACUCGGUUUGAUGAACAAAAUAAUAAAAACAAAAGGGGGGUUGUAAUAUAUAUUGCAUAAUGAAUUUGUCAAUCAAACUGAAGGGGUUCAUCUUACAAGAUGGUUCAACCAUUGCAACUUUGUAUAGCCGGAAAAGUCCCCAACCCCAAUAUCUUGUUAAAUAAAAGGCAGUAAGUUGAAUGUCCAAGUAAGGAAAAGACGAUCCUUGGCACAUACUGCACGUGCUCCAACCAGCAAGGCCACAAUCCACAACGCAGAGGAAGACUACAACCUUCAUCCCCACGACCACCAGAGGGGCCCGUGACAACCCCCUAGCAACAGGAUGAGCAGUCGCAGAGGAUACCAGGAACCAGGAUGUGCCACGUAAACCUGGAACGACUAGCCCAGAAAACGGGGACUCUGGCAAGGGUGAGCAGAGACUCCCCAGCCACCCAGCGCUGUUUUAUCUGCUUGAUCGCUUGCUUGAAUAAAUUCUAUUUUGCUGAACCAUAA